UGUUAUGUUCUUGUGUGUUUAUGUAAUGUUCUAAAGAGUAUGUCAUUUCCAUCCAUCAUGUUUUAAAUUUGAAAAUAUUGUUGUGUGUUUGUUAAUAAACGGAGACCAAUCCUCUGUGUGUCUCCAUGUAGGAAAGCUGUUUCCCGCCAGCUGACAUGUACAUAUCAACUCGUCAUCUCAAACGUCUUUCAGUAUCCACUUUCCUCAUUUUCUUACAAUCAUCAGACCCGGUCUUUAUAUUUGUAUUUUUGUUCCGAACAUCAAAGUUUUACUUACGAACUAUGUAAAUUCAUGAUGCAAUUUACCAAAGACUAGUCACUAAAAACAAUUUAUAUGAGUAUUACUACUUGUCAGAAUGUUUAGUAUAAUAUAUGAUCACCUCAAACGUUUCUUCUUUCAACUUUUGCAAAACAUCUACACGUACUUAAAUGUAAACAUUGUUUUAUUCCAGUUAAAAAAAAAAACAUUGUUUUAUUUGCUGACAUAUAAUAAUUAUCUUUAGCAAAAAAAAAGACAUAUAAAAUUAAUUUAAUAAAAUGAAUUAUUUAGUUAAUAAUUCUGAAAAGUUGUCAACAAAAAAUCAGACCUUGAAAUUAUUAAGGGCAUUACAGAUUUUGAUGUGAUUAGACUGCGCCCAUCACUUUAUCACAGAAGAAUCAAUGCAUUCAUCUAUACUAUUGGCAUAUCGACAAAAAUAAUUAUCACAUUUUUAUUAUAUUCCUUUUUAGUUUCCCAAAUUUUUUUUAUCUCUAAUACUAUCCUUUGCUUUAAUUUUAAAACCAUACACUACACUAUUGUAUUUUCUGUCAACUUGUGCCGGCUUAAAACUAUAUUGGACCCUUGGACAAAUUUUGUUUAUGUAUUACAAUUAGUUAAGCAUAAUAUUUUAGACCUAAACAAACAUAAAUACGACCCCUUUUUAUCACUAAAUUUAGUUAAUUUUAAGAUGGACUCAUGGCAUAUGCCAUAUUUUCCACCCCCUAGAACCGGCACUGCAAGAAAACAGAUAAGCUUAUUACAAUCCCAAAACAAAGAAGCUGCUUAUUUCAUUUUUUUUUCUAUUUUCAGCUUUCUUUCUUUAGAAAAAAAACUGUAAAACAUAAACAAUACCAUCAUUAGAAGCUACUCAGAAAACCUUCAAACCACAAGUGACUAAAUUAUGCUUGUUCCUCAAUUUGAUUCUUAAACAAAAAAAACAUAUUUUACAUAGUAUAAUGGCAAUUAAAAAUCAGUUCAGUCAGCAUUUCACUGGACUAAAAUGUUUCCAAUCCAUCUUUAUAAUUCAUAUUCAUGAUUAGAUUUAUUUUCAAAUAGUACAAAAUGAAAUAGUUGUAAUAAGCAAUUAAUAAGCACAUUAAUUGGUUUUACUACUUAGUUGAGAAAAAACCAAGUACAUUAUAAAGUAGUGGUAAUGAUCAAUUAAUAAAUAUAUUGGUUCUACUUAGGUGACAAAAUACAUUGUUUCAACUAGGCCUGGAACGGAUCGGGUAUCCGGACAAUUUUAAAGUAUCCAGAUCCGGAUCCUUAUCCGGCGGAUCCAUAAUUUUACUAUAUUUAUCCGAAUCUAAGGUUUUCGGAUAUCCGGGCGUCGGAUAUCCUUCUAAAAAUUAUAAUAUCAGACGGAUAUUCGGAUCCGGAUUUGAAUCCUUAAAAUAAAUAAAAAAUAAUUUAAAAAUAAAAAAUAUAAUGUUUUUUUUUUAAUUAUUUCUAUGUAUAAUAUUACAAAAUUUACAUAUACUUUUAUAAAAAAAAAAGAAAAUAUAUUAAAUAAAGUUAGUUUUUAUAUAUAGAUAUUACUAUGUUGAAAUAGUUAUUAAUAAAACUUACGUAUCUAGAUAUCCAGACUAAAAAAAUAAGAUAUCUGGAUCCGACUUUGACGGAUCCAACAUUUCACUAUCCGAAUCCGGAUUCGGCCCCUCUGGAUAUCCGGAUUUUUGGAUCGAAUCUCGGAUCGAAUCCGGAUCUCGAAUAAAAAUCUCAAGUCUAGUUUCAACUAUAUUUAAAUUAAAUACAGUAUAAAAUUAGAAAAGAAAAAAAAAACAAUGUAGAGAGAUAAAAGAAAGCGUUACAAAGUGUGGUAGAGGAUAAAUUUAUUAGAUUCCGAUUUCCAAUAACCAAGAAUAUGUAUAGUAGCAAAAAAAUAAAAUAAACCCUUUAUCAAAUCCCAAAUCUAGAGAGAGAGAGAGUGAGAAGAUAAACCCUUUGAUGUCCACAUUCUCUUGUCAUUUCUUCUUCUUCUUAAUCUUCAUCUCUCAGAAAACGACUUAGUUUCUUAACCAUCUCCACUUGCUUUAAUGGACUUUGAAGAAGAAAUUAAUCUUCACGAGGAAGAAGAAGAAGACGCCCUUUACGACUCUCCUCCUCUUCCUCCACCCUCCCGCGUCCUCAAGGCCUCCACUGAAAGUCCUGACACCGCCGGAACAACCUCAACCGGCGAAGGAGGAUUUAUGGUGGUUCACGGCGGUUCUUCCCUCGGAGGGGGAGGCAGGUUUAGAUUCCGUGAGUGUCUCAAGAACCAAGCGGUGAACAUAGGAGGACACGCGGUGGAUGGCUGUGGCGAGUUUAUGCCGGCUGGAAUCGAAGGUACCAUCGAAGCCCUAAAAUGCGCCGCUUGUGGCUGUCACCGUAACUUCCACCGCAAGGAAUCACUUUACUUCCACCACCACCACGCGCCGCCGCAACAGCAGCAUCAUCCUCCUCCUCCGGGAUUCUACCGUCUUCCAGCUCCUGUGAGUUACCGACCACCACCGUCACAAGCUCCUCCCCUCCAGCUCGCUCUUCCUCAAAGAGAGAGGUCAGAAGAUCGAAUGGAGACUUCUUCAGCGGAGGCAGGAGGGAUUAGGAAGAGGUUUAGAACUAAAUUCACGGCAGAGCAGAAGGAGAGGAUGUUAGGUUUAGCUGAGAGGAUUGGAUGGAGGAUUCAGAGACAAGAUGAUGAAGUGAUUCAAAGGUUUUGCCAAGAGACUGGUGUUCCGAGACAAGUUCUUAAGGUUUGGUUACAUAACAACAAACACACUCUUGGUAAGUCGUCGUCGCCACCACUUCAUCAUCAUCAGAAUCCAACUCUUCCUCCACAGUCUUCGUCGUUUCAUCAUGAACAAGACCAACCAUGAAUCAUGCAUGAGUUUCUUGAUCACUACUAGGGUUUUAAGUUAGCUGAUUAAUUACUUAAAAUAUUUGAGAAGAUUUUAUUUUUUAAUUUAUGUACUCAUUUUGGUAUUUUCAUGUUGAUGUUGUUGCUGAUGAUCUUUCUGGUUAAUUACGUUUUUCAUUUUGAACUUCUAAAAUAUCUUAUUAAACACUUGA